AUGACUGUUAUAGGGGCCAUGUGGCUUAUUAUGUAUAUUGAAUUAAUUGAUGGGUCUUGUACUCUUCUGCAUUUAGGUGUCAACAUGCCAGAUCACACUACAAUAUUUAUGAACUUGAUCAGCCAAUUAAAAGAUGGCAUCACACCAUAUAUUGCUCAGCUAUCCUCCAAGGACUGCCACACCAUUAAAGCUUUACUAACUAAGCUAGUCUCGCAGCUAAUGCAAACCGAUAACAUGUCAGAUGAUUCAGAAGAGAUUGAGAUGAGGAAAGUUCCCUGCACUAUGUCAGUACUGUGCUCCUGGUAUCAUCAUUCAACUAUGAGCUCACCAGUUAAAAAACAGCCCAAGUCACCCAGGAAAAGGUCAUCAAGAGGUCACAAUGUGUGUUUCCCACAAUUCCCCCCUGUUGUGGUAAUAAUUGAAGACCUAGAAGGAUUUACUUCAACAGUUCUACAAGAUUUUAUUACUAUGUGCAGUGAAAAUAUCAAACAUCUUCCUGUAGUAUUACUUUUUGGUAUUGCUACAUCUGUGACCGUUGUUCACCGUCUCCUACCUCAACACAUUUCAUCGUUGCUAAGCAUCGACAAGUUUCAAUCCAAACCCUCUACAGAGUAUUUAUCUGAGGUUAUUCAAAAGACGUUGUUGAGCUCGGACCAUCCAUUCCGUCUUGGACACAAAGUAUUCCAGCUCCUGUUGGAUCUUUUUCUCUUCCAUGAUUUCUCAACAACUAGCUUCAUUAAAGGAUUACAGUUUGCAAUGAUGGAGCAUUUCUUCAGCCAACCAGCAAGUGUGUUAUGUUGUAAACAGCAAGAUUUAGCCUCCCGGAUCCAGAAGUUGAAUAAGAAUGACGUUGAUAUGAUUUUGCAACUUCCGUCGGUUAAAAGAUACAUUCCACAACUUGAAAAAGAAAAACAAGUGCUUAUUAAGAAAAGUUUAACAGAUGCAAAAGUUGUUAUCAGCGAAAUAGCAAAUAAAAUGUUUACCUAUGACAUGACGUUUGUGCCAGUAAUGCAAUGUCUUCACAUCAUGACCGGCAAUCUACCUCGGUAUCCAUUAGGUAAACAACUACGUGAGCUAUAUGCCAUGUGCCUGGAAAAUUCCAUUGUAAAUACUGAAGAAUACCAGCAUGCUAGUAACCUCACCAGAAUGUUUGCACGUGACGAGUUGUUCUCCCUGCUAGGUCAAUGCGAGGUCAAGUUAAGAAGCUGCCAGAAGCUGCAGGCUGAAGCUGACAAACUCAAGGAUUUUCAGACAAGAUUAGAGCAGUUAGGAGAUAGAUGUAGUGAAUUUGUGGAAGAGGAUGAAAAAAGUACUGAACCAGAACCAGAGGUAAAGAAGGAGGCAGGAAAAAAAGAAAAGACCACUUUGAAAAGUCUUCAAAAGCAGCUGAUGGAGUCGGCAAAGAAAUCGAGAAAGCUAACAAAGUAUGAAGAACUAAGGGAUGACUGCAUGGCAUUCUUAAAACAAAUGUUCAUGGACUAUUUAAAAUGUCCACAAAGCAUGCCCUUGUUUGAAGUGUUCUACUGCACAUCUGUGUCAGAGGUCAGACAUCACAUUAACGCUUCUCCGAGAGCAUCUCUUCAGACUGCUCUCAGCAACCCUCAUUACUAUCUUCAGUGUAAGUGCUGCAAGACAGAACCAGGGAGGAUGGUGGAGUCCUUUCCAGACCUCUGCAUCAUAUACAAACUCCACCUAGAGUGCAGUCGUUUCAUCAACCUUUAUGACUGGCUGCAGGCAUUCAUUACAGUAGUAGAAGGCAAUUGUGAGAAUGACGAUGAGAAGGAAAACAAAGAUGAUGUACUGCAUGCCCGGUUUAUUCGUGCUGUGUCCGAGCUCCAAUUCUUAGGAUUUAUCAAACAUACUCGAAGAAAGACGGACCAUGUUGCACGACUUACGUGGGGUGGUUGCUGAUUGGAUGGAAUGUUGAUCAGGACCAAUUAGCUGAUGAUGAAGACAUGGUGGACAAACAAAUUUUGUUGGACAAUACGUCUUGGCUGCCAGAUUAAUUAGUUAUAAACAAUGUUUAUUUAGUACCUGACAUUGAAUACGUUUUACUUAACAAAAACAACAUGUCAUUGGUUUGUACUAUACAAGUCUAGUUGAUACAAGAGUUUAAAAUAUCAUUUAUUUUUGCAGAAACUAAAAAAAUUAAGCAAAUUAUUUUUCUUGUGACAAUAAAACUGUAUUUGAUACAACAAUCA